AUGUGCUGGCAGCUACCUCAGAGAGCAGCAACAACCGUUGCAUCUGCAGCUACAACAACGACGACAGCAGCAUCAGUGACCACUGCAACUACCAAGAAAACAACAAGGAGAUGCUGGAGGGGAAACAAUUGGUGCAACACCCGCAAGCAAGUGAAGUGCAAGAACCCCAAGAAGUGCAUCAAGACCAUUGUGGUGGUGCGUCGCAGGAGGAAUUAAAUGGCAUCUAAGAAGUACAACAAAAUAAAUCAGAAAUCAAUUGAAAA